AUGGCCCACUACCAACAGGGCUAUGACGAGGGCUAUGGCCAGCAAGGCGAAGGCCAGCAUGGCGAAGGCUACUACCAAGACGACCAAGGUUAUUACGACCAACAAAACUACAACCAGCACGACGGCUACUACGAUGACAAUGGAUACUACCAAGGCCAAGAAGGCUACCAGCAAGACGGAUACUACGAUGCUGGCCAGCAAGGCUACCAAGAUGAAUACUACAAUGACCAGUACUACGACCAAGGCGCUCCGCAGGCCGGCCAGGGCUACGCUCGUGGCUACUCUGGUCAGCGACGGACUGGUGGCCGACGCGGCAAUGAGUCCGAGGAGGACUCCGAGACCUUCAGUGACUUCACCAUGAGAUCCGACAUGGCCAGAGCCGCCGAGAUGGACUACUACGGCCGUGGCGACGAGAGGUACAACUCUUACGGCGAGGGUGGCGGUCGUGGCUACCGACCCCCUUCCUCCCAGAUCUCCUACGGCGGCAACCGCUCGUCGGGCGCAUCCACUCCAGUCUACGGCAUGGACUACACCAGCGCCCUGCCCGCCGGCCAGCGCUCCAGAGAGCCAUAUCCGGCGUGGACGUCUGACGCCCAGAUUCCCCUGUCCAAGGAGGAGAUUGAAGACAUCUUCCUCGAUCUGACGGCCAAGUUCGGUUUCCAACGCGACAGCAUGCGCAACAUGUUCGACCACCUCAUGACUCUUCUUGACUCCCGCGCCUCCCGCAUGGCUCCCAACCAGGCCCUGCUCUCGUUGCACGCCGACUACAUUGGUGGAGAGCAUGCCAACUACCGCAAGUGGUACUUCGCUGCUCACCUCGACCUUGACGAUGCCGUCGGUUUCGCCAACAUGAAGCUCGGCAAGGCCAACCGUGCCACUCGCAAGGCCCGCAAGGCGGCCAAGAAGGCUGCUGGCGCGAACCCGGCGAACGAAGAGCAAACGCUCGAGAGCCUUGAAGGUGACAACAGCCUGGAGGCUGCCGAGUACCGCUGGAAAUCUCGCAUGAACCGCAUGUCGCAGCACGAUCGGGUCCGCCAGAUCGCGCUCUACCUGCUCUGCUGGGGCGAAGCUAACCAAGUUCGCUUCAUGCCCGAAGUCCUCUGCUUCAUCUACAAGUGCGCCGACGACUUCUUGCAAUCUCCCGCCUGCCAAAACCGUGUCGAGCCGGUUGAGGAAUUCACGUUCCUCACCAACUGCAUCACCCCGCUCUACAACUACUGCAGAGACCAAGGCUACGAGAUCUACGACGGCAAGUACGUGCGCAGGGAAGUCGACCACCAGAAGAUCAUUGGCUACGACGACAUGAACCAGCUCUUCUGGUACCCCGAGGGUAUCGAGAGGAUUGCUUUCGAGGACAAGAGCCGCCUGGUCGACCUUCCGCCGGCCGAGCGCUUCGAGCGUCUCAAGGAUGUGGUGUGGAAGAAGGCCUUCUUCAAGACCUACAAGGAAACUCGCUCCUGGUUCCACAUGCUCGUGAACUUCAACCGCAUCUGGAUCAUUCACAUCGUCGUUUACUGGUUCUACACUUCGCACAACUCGCCCACCCUGUACACCCAGAACUAUCAGCAGCAGCUCAACAACCUGCCUCCCACCUACAAACAAUGGUCUGUCGUGGGUUUCGGUGGUGUCGUCGCCUGCGUGAUCCAAAUCAUGGCCACAGUCUCCGAAUGGCGUUACGUUCCUCGUCGCUGGGCUGGCGCUCAGCACUUGACGAAGCGCUUGCUCCUCCUCAUCGCCAUGCUUGUCGUUAACGUUGGGCCCGCCGCCUACAUUUGGGCAAUUCCGGAGCAGUCAAUCAAUACGGAGGUUGCACUCAUCCUUGGUGUUGUGCAGUUCCUGGUCGCACUCGCAACCUUCCUGUUCUUCGCUAUCAUGCCUCUUGGUGGCCUCUUCGGCAGCUACCUUAACGGCAAGCGACGCCAGUAUGUGGCCAGCCAGACGUUCACCGCCAGCUACCCUCGCCUCAAGGGCAAUGACAUGUGGAUGUCGUACGGUCUAUGGGCGCUUGUCUUCGCCGCCAAGCUUUCCGAAUCGUACUUCUUUCUGACGCUGUCGCUCCGAGAUCCCAUUCGCAUCUUGUCCACCAUGACAAUCACCAACUGCGUGGGGAUCAAGUACGUCGGAACCAUCCUCUGCGACAAACAGCCCAUCAUCUUGCUCAUCUUGAUGUACUUCACCGAUCAGAUUCUGUUCUUCUUGGACACUUUCUUGUGGUACAUCAUCUGGAACUGCAUCUUCUCCGUCGCCCGCUCGUUCUACCUCGGUGUCUCCAUCUGGACGCCGUGGAGGAACAUCUUCUCCCGCCUACCAAAGCGCGUGUACUCGAAGAUCCUGGCCACUACCGACAUGGAGAUCAAGUACAAGCCCAAGGUGUUGAUCUCGCAGAUCUGGAACGCCAUUGUGAUUUCCAUGUAUCGUGAGCAUUUGCUUGCGAUUGACCACGUCCAGAAGCUGCUCUACCACCAGGUCCCGUCUGAGCAGGAAGGCAAGCGCACACUGAGAGCACCAACGUUCUUCGUCUCUCAGGAGGAUCACUCGUUUAAGACCGAGUUCUUCCCUGCCUUGUCCGAGGCGGAGCGGCGCAUUUCCUUCUUUGCACAAUCUCUCUCCACGCCCAUUCCGGAGCCUCUUCCGGUCGACAACAUGCCCACAUUCACCGUCUUGAUCCCGCAUUACAGCGAGAAGAUCCUGCUCUCGCUGCGUGAGAUCAUUCGCGAAGACGAGCCAUACUCGCGUGUCACCAUGUUGGAGUACCUGAAACAGCUUCAUCCCCACGAGUGGGACUGCUUUGUCAAGGACACCAAGAUCCUGGCCGACGAGACCUCUCAAUUCAAUGGCGACUACGAGAAGAACGAGAAGGAUACGGCGAAGAGCAAGAUUGAUGAUCUUCCCUUCUACUGCAUCGGAUUCAAGUCAGCCGCUCCGGAGUACACUCUUCGCACUCGUAUCUGGGCAUCCCUCCGCUCGCAGACCCUCUACCGCACCAUCUCGGGUUUCAUGAACUACAGCCGUGCCAUCAAACUGCUCUACCGUGUCGAGAACCCCGAAGUCGUCCAAAUGUUUGGCGGCAACUCGGACAAGCUCGAGCGCGAGCUGGAGCGCAUGGCCCGCCGCAAGUUCAAGAUUGUCGUGUCCAUGCAGCGCUAUGCCAAGUUCUCCAAAGAGGAGCGCGAGAAUGCCGAGUUCUUGCUCCGUGCCUACCCCGACUUGCAAAUCGCCUACCUCGACGAGGAGCCUCCCGCCAACGACGGUGAAGAUCCCAAACUGUACUCUGCCCUCAUCGAUGGUCACUCCGAGAUCAUGGAGAAUGGCAUGCGUCGUCCGAAGUUCAGAAUCUUGCUCUCCGGUAACCCGAUCCUGGGUGAUGGAAAAUCAGACAACCAGAACCACUGCCUCAUCUUCUACCGCGGCGAGUACAUCCAGCUGAUCGAUGCCAACCAAGACAACUACUUGGAGGAGUGCUUGAAGAUCCGUUCCGUCCUGGCUGAGUUUGAAGAGAUGACGACCGAUAACGUCUCGCCAUACACUCCCGGCCUGCCCACUCCGAAGACCAACCCUGUUGCCAUCCUUGGUGCCCGUGAAUAUAUCUUCUCCGAGAACAUUGGUGUUCUCGGUGACGUUGCUGCUGGCAAGGAACAGACGUUCGGUACCCUCUUCGCUCGUACAUUGGCUCAGAUCGGUGGCAAGCUCCACUACGGCCAUCCCGAUUUCCUCAACGGUAUCUUUAUGACCACGCGUGGAGGCGUGUCCAAAGCCCAGAAAGGUCUGCAUCUCAACGAGGACAUCUAUGCCGGUAUGACUGCUUUGCUCCGCGGUGGUCGCAUCAAGCACUGCGAGUACUACCAGUGUGGCAAGGGUCGUGACUUGGGCUUCGGCUCCAUCUUGAACUUCACCACCAAGAUCGGCACUGGCAUGGGCGAACAAAUGCUCUCCCGCGAGUACUACUACCUCGGCACCCAGCUUCCUCUGGAUCGCUUCCUCUCGUUCUACUACGCCCACCCCGGUUUCCACAUCAACAACAUGUUCAUCAUGUUGUCGGUGCAACUGUUCAUGUGGUGCUUGAUCAACUUGGGAGCGCUUCGCAACCAGACCAUUGCCUGCCACUACAACCGCAACGUGCCCAUCACCGACCCCUGGUACCCGACUGGCUGCUCCAUGACCUCUCCGCUCAUGGACUGGGUCGAGCGCUGCGUGCUCUCCAUCUUCAUCGUGUUCUUCAUCUCUUUCGUCCCCCUGACGGUCCAAGAGUUGACGGAGCGUGGUUUCUGGCGCGCGGCAACUCGUCUGGCGAAGCACUUCUCCUCGCUCUCCCCUCUCUUCGAGGUGUUUGUGUGUCAAAUCUACGCCUAUUCCCUGCAGCAAAACUUGUCCUACGGCGGCGCUCGUUACAUCGCCACCGGUCGUGGAUUCGCCACUGCGCGCAUGCCGUUCGGUGUCCUCUACGCUCGUUUCGCUGGUCCGUCGAUCUAUCUCGGCGCUCGAUGCUUCAUGAUGCUGAUCUUCGGCACCUUGACCGUCUGGGGCUUCUGGCUGCUAUGGUUCUGGAUCUCGCUCCUCGCCUUGACCAUUUCGCCCUUCCUCUUCAACCCCCACCAGUUCGCCUGGGCCGACUUCUUCAUCGACUACCGCGAGUUCUUGCGCUGGCUGUCUCGUGGCAACACGAAGGCGCAUGCCGCCUCGUGGAUUGGCUUCGUGCGUCUGUCACGUACGCGCCUUACCGGUUUCAAGCGCAAGGCGCUCGGAGAGCCCUCGGCCAAGCUCACCGGCGACACCCCGCGUGCUCACUUCACGAACAUCUUCUUCAGUGAGGUCUUGGGCCCGCUCGUCUAUGUCGCGGUCACGCUUAUCCCAUACCUUUACAUCAACUCGGGCACCGGAGUCGACCCGAAGCUCCCCCAGAACCAAGGAGUUGACAUCACGCCAUCGAACCCUCUCAUCCGCAUUGCCAUUAUCGCAUUUGCCCCGAUCGGUGUCAAUGCCGGCGUUUCCAUUGGCUUUUUCGCAAUGGCCUGCUGUAUGGGACCGAUUCUGGGCAUGUGCUGCAAGAAGUUCGGCGCCGUCCUCGCCGCCAUUGCCCACGGCAUCUCCGUGGUUGUGCUGCUCGUAUUCUGGGAAGUCAUGCUGCUCUUGGAGGGAUGGAACUUCACCAAGGCGCUGCUUGGCAUGAUUGCGGUCGUUGCCAUCCAACGCUUCAUCUACAAGCUGAUCAUCGCCCUCGCGCUCACCAGAGAGUUCCGCGCCGAUACCUCCAACAUAGCGUGGUGGACCGGUAAAUGGUACGCCCUGGGCUGGCACACGAUGUCUCAGCCCGGACGUGAAUUCCUCUGCAAGAUCACCGAGCUCGGCUUCUUCGCCUCGGACUUCAUCCUCGGCCACAUUCUUCUGUUCAUUUUGCUGCCGGCGUUGCUGGUGCCAUACAUUGACAAGUUCCACUCGGUCAUGCUCUUCUGGCUUCGUCCAAGCCGCCAAAUCAGGCCGCCCAUCUACUCGCUCAAGCAGUCGAAGCUGCGCAAGCGCCGUGUCGUCCGCUACGCCAUCCUCUACUUCAGCAUGUUCGUGCUCUUCUUCAUCCUCAUCAUCGGCCCCGUCAUCGCGAACAAGCUCGGCGUCUUCAAGGACUUUGGCACCUCCACCUUCAAGAGCUUGGAGGGUGGAAGCUUCGCCCUUUUGCAGCCUACCAACUGGUACAACAACGACACGCGCAAUCACACCGUCACUGGCUAUGCUCUCACGGGUAAAGGCUCGGGCGCGCCUGGAGCCGGCAGCACUCAGACUACCACUGCUGGUGGUGGUGGCGGUGGCGGCGGUGCCAAAUCCACCAGCGACAAAACCAGUGCGUUCCCUACAGGGCUCUUCGGCGGCGGCGGAAAGAGAUUCGCAACGCCUACUGCCGAAUACCUGCAUCACCUGGCGUCACCAGUUGCCGUCCGUCUCCAUUAG